AGGCGCUUACUGGUAUUUAAACCUCAUCAUUUGGGUGCAGAAGCGGACAGCUCCCCACACAGAUAAACAAACCAAAAAACAAUGUUUGGCACCCGCGGUUAUGGACGCUUUGAAGCAUUUUUCUCUCCGUAACUCGCAGUGAAGAUCUCCGUUUCCCCAGCCGCGCGUCAUCGUUGCACGUUAACGGACUUUAUUUUAAGCUGCUGACGAGAAAGGCUCCGCGUUCUCUCUACAAACAGCAGGAAAGGGGAUGUUGGGACACCUGUAGCUGAAUCUGGAUCUCUAUCUCCUAAAAAGGGGGAUGUUGGAUUGUUUCACAUCCACUCAGCAUCCGCCCAGCAGGAGAUGCGCUCCGUCGCUGUCUGAUCUCGAGUGGGGAAGCGCAAAGGUAGCCUAAAGCCAUUUACGAACGCAUUAAUAUCUAAGCCUCUCUCUGUGACUGCUUGCAGAAAGGAAGGAGCAUGGGUAGAAAGGAAUUUGCUCUGACUAGUGCGUUGAGGGGAUUUGUGAAGCUGGGGGUGUGCUCCUUUUGAAACUAAACCAAUGACCGUGGAUGAAGCACCGUCACUAACAGCUCGCCAUUUCUCGUCAAGCUUCUUUUGUUUAUUAUUUCAUAUUUUUUGGAGAGUAGAUAUUUAAUCAGCCAUGGGGAAAGAUGAGUGCAAAACAAUGCUGGACGCUUUGAACAAAGUGACUGCUUGCUACAGGCAUUUGGUAAUCGCUCUGGGAAGCACGUCGGAUUCGCAGAACCUGCGAGAGGAGCUGAAGAGGACCCGCAAAAAGGCCCAGGAGCUGGCCGUGGCCAACCGGACUAAACUGACCUCUCUGCUCAAAGACAAAACCAUCAGCAAGGAUGACCGAGCCGAGUACGAGCGCCUAUGGGUGCUGUUCUCGAGCAGCAUGGAGCUCCUGGAGGUGGACAUGAAAAGGUCCCUGGAGAUAGGGCAGGAUUUCCCCCUCAAGGUUCCCACGAGACACCUCAUCCAGACGGGGAUGACCGGCAGCACCACCACCGUGGCGGCCCGGGCCAUGAGCGUGCAGAACAUGAAGUACGAGGCGGACAGCAACAUCGACACGGCCGACCUCCGGGACCUGCAGUCCGAGAUCUCCCAUGUGAGCCAGAUGAUGGAGGAGAUGGAGAUGAAGGUGCAGGUGGCGCCGUGGGCCGUCGAGGCGAAGCAGGAGGCAGGCGCGGAGCUCAAGUCCAACAUGAGUGUAGGAAAUUCCUCCGUGGGUGUCAUCUCCAUCUGCGAAGAGGAGCCCAAAGAUGAGGAAGGGGGAGGCAACAGGGACGCUGGCUUUGCGUCGAUCUGCGCUGUGCUUGUAUUCUUUGUCAUCGUUACGGUCGCUCUGGUUCUAGGAUAUUUGGUCAUCAAUAUGUCCUGAGCUGUCUAACCAACAGCCCACCCGGAUGGACACCCUUGCGCGGCUGCCCACGAGCGCGUCUCCGUGGUAAUAAAAGCCAGCAGCUCCACGAGAGAGAGAAAGCGCUUUUUAUUUGAGAUGCUGAAAAAAAAAUAUGGACACGCGAAGUUAUUCAUCUUUCUCGCAUUUUGUGAAUGUAUUCAGUGGAGUCGAAGAGUUGCACUAGUUAUAAUGUAGAACAAUAGAAUGGACGUCGGGCACAAUUUGAAGUAUUUUGAGGAGCCAAGGGGUCGUGUAUUUUUGGAAGAGGAAAAAUAAAUCAUGAAAUUACGUGACAGUGUCUGGCCAUCAGGAUGAUGCAAACAACACGUAAUCCAAGUGGAUUAGUGGAAAAGCUCAAGCGUAAAUGUAGCCUACUGUUAAGUAUUCCUCUUGAUGUUCUGCUGCAUUGAUGCUUUAAAUUUAUGAAUUCAAUCCAGCAAAGUCAGACGUGUUCAAACGAGCAGGGGACCAUCUAUAGUCAGAGAAGGAAAGGGUCAUGUUGUAUGGGAAGUAAUAUAGAGUGAUCCAGUUGGAUGUGAUCAAAUCCGCACUGUUCCACACUUCUGUUAGCACAGUUAUAAUACAUCAUACAAUCUGUAUAGCCAGAUUGUUGUAAGCCUGCAUUUUACUUCAUUGCAUCAAAUCACAAUUUGCUUGAUGAAAGAGCCUUGGGGACCUAAGAGAAGUCCACAGUCUUUUAAUAAUGCACUGUAAGCCUGUUCGUGUUCCUUUUUCAGGGUUUUCUUGCAAGCAGUGUUGAAUGUAUACAUUGCAACAUGUGAAUAGAGGGUUUGUUCAUACAGACUGCUGUGUCAGAUAAUGUACAUACAUAAGUAUAUUUAUUAUAAUAAAAUUUUGAAACACACUCGAAGAUGUGCUCGCAGUCUGAAGAAAUAGCUCCUAAGUGUUUUACAGCCAAUGCCAAAGCAGUUUUCUGUUGUAUCUCUUUUAUGUUUGGGUGUUGGGUAUUUGAGUAUUGAGUUUAAACUGAUGACUUUAUAUGAGGCCAGUUUGUAAUCACUGCAAAGCUUGAGAUACAUACAUGGGAGUACACAGAGGUAUUUUGAGCUAUCUUUGACAUAAUGGGUUUAAAUUAUUCGAUUUAAAAUAGAUG